ACGUCCUUCCUUUCAACGAGGAAAACCAACAGAGCAAAGCAAGAUUCAUUGAUUAUACGAUAUCUUAAAGCAAUCUGAAGUAUUUUAGUCCUAGGAAAUAUAUCAUUCUCUCAAUAUUCACGAAAGCUGAUUAUCUUCCUUUAUCUCAGAAUUUCCAGCCCGGUAAAACCCUGUUGGUAGUUUUAUUUCAUGUUCUUAACGCAUUAGAAAUUUUUAAUUUAUUUUAUUCUUAUAUAUUGGUUUUCUAAUGCGGUUUGAACAAUACCUAUCUAAGAUUUGCUUCAAGCUAGGAAAUCCUGCCCGAUAUCCUCGAUAUAGAACGGGAUUACGGAGACCAAAUUUGCAUUUCCAAUCGCCAAGCUUAUUAUCACUCUCUGGAUUUCAUCCAUUUCGCGCAUACAGUAUCUUUAAAGGACCUGGAGCGUUGAAAGGUAACUCCCUACCUACCGUGAAUAUACCUAGAUUUCUGUCGUUUUCAUCUAUUCCAAAAGCCAUUAUCCGCUCUUUAAGGUUACCAGUUGCUGGGUUCUCUUUAGUUGCUGGCGGUGUUGCUUACGUUGGUGCUCAGGUACAGCGCGCUUCUGAUUAUACAAAAGAUGUAUUUGACAGAGCAUUUAAUGUUGUUGACACAGCUUGGGAUAAGACAAGAGGUGUAGUAAAUGAUGCUACUUCCAUAAACUUACCUGAAAUUCAUAUGCCUGGAUGGAUGGAGAAGAUUCUUCGUCUUGACGAAGAGAGUGUCGAGAAACGUCGCCAAAUGCAGUUAAGGAAAACUUUAGAAAAAGAAAAUCAAGCAGAGAAUGAAUCGAGUAGUUCUGGAGGCGAUGACAAUCCUGCAGGCGUUGUAGUUGGUCUUACUGGGGCUGUUGCUUCCAAUCUGACAAAUGAUGAUGAAAACAGUUACGAAAAAUUAAAUGAAGAUGAAAAACAAAGAUUAGCGCAAGAGUCUAAAGAUGACCGUAUGAUGAUAUUUACAAAAAAGAUGAUUGAAAUCCGAAACAUUCUACACGACAUUCAAGAUGAUAAUAGUCAUAUCACGCUUCCAAGCAUUGUUGUUGUAGGGUCCCAAAGUAGUGGAAAAAGCAGUGUUUUAGAAGCUAUUGUGGGACAUGAGUUUCUACCUAAAGGUUCUAACAUGGUAACGAGAAGACCCAUUGAGCUUACAUUGGUUCAUUCUAAAGAAACUACGACUCCUUAUUGUGAGUUUAAUGGCUUCCAAUUUGGUCAAAUUACUGAUUUCACGAAAGUUCAACAAAUUUUGACGGACUUAAACAUGGCUAUACCUCCUCGUCAAGGUGUAAACGAUGACCCAAUUCGUCUUACCAUUUGUGCUUCACAUAUUCCAAAUCUUUCACUUAUUGAUCUACCCGGUUAUAUCCAAAUUCAUUCGUCUGAUCAACCAGUGGAUUUAGACGACAAGAUCGCUAGUUUGUGUGACAAAUAUAUCCAAGAGCCAAACAUAAUUUUAGCAGUUUGUGCAGCAGAUGUUGACCUUGCAAAUUCAACUGCCUUAAAAGCUAGUCGACGUGUUGAUCCUUUGGGUUUGCGGACAAUUGGUGUGAUAACAAAGAUGGAUCUUAUUCCUCCCGAAAAAGCUGUUUCUAUCCUACGUAAUGAGCAUUAUCCAUUGCACUAUGGGUACAUUGGUGUCAUAUCUAAAGUACCCCAAUUGAGUAUGUGGUCACGGAAUCAAAAUCUAACAGAUAUCGUGAGCUCUCGGGAAAGGUCUUAUUUCUCUGCUCAUCCUGAAUUUCGCGAGCUUCCAGUUUUGCCUAUGUUAGGAAUCCAAAAUCUUCGCAAAAAUUUGAUUCAUGUACUUGAGUACACAAUGUCAAAGAAUUUACAAUAUACUGCUGACUCUAUACGGUCAGAGUUGGAUGAUUGUAGUUACCAAUAUAAAGUUCAAUACAACGAUCGCCUUUUAACCGCAGAAUCUUAUAUUGCCGAAAACCUUGAUGUUUUAAAAGCUGCAUUUAAGGAACUGUCGCAGAAACUUGACAAAAAUGAGGUUCGUGCAUUGCUUAAGGAAACCCUGAACGAAAAAAUUUUAGACUUGCUGGCUGAAAGAUAUUGGAUGGAUCAAAACAUUCUGGACUGGACUAAGCAAUCUAGAACUGUUGAUGAACAUUGGCAGUAUAAGUUGGAUAGUUGCGUUUCUAUGCUGACACGCAUGGGUUUGGGUAGGGUAUCUACAUUGCAGGUUACAGAGCUGCUUUCAAAAAAGAUCGAGGAGAUUUCUAAACAAAGUCCUUUUGGGGAACAUCCUGGUGCCUUGCAGUAUAUUUUGAAUGCUACUCAAGACAUUUUACGCAGAAGAUAUCAUAAUACCUCUGAACAGGUAGAAAAUUGUGUGAAGCCAUAUAAAUUUGAAGUCGAAAUAGAUGAUGAAGAAUGGAAGGCGAGUCGUUCAGAAGCCCUCGUACUCAUACAGAAAGAACUUAGUUUAUGUCAAGCGGCAGAAGAGAAAAUUAAAAAGGCUCUGGGCUCUAAAAGAUUAUCACAAAUACUUGACUUCUUAGAUUCCCAAGCAAAAUCUUCUGAACCAUUACCGGUUGCUCAUAGUGCAAUAUUGCUGGAUCAAGGUCGAUUGAUGCAAUACCUACAGAUGCGAGAAACAAUUUUGAAGCUACGUCUUUCGACUUUGAAGUCAAAGACUUGUAAAUUGAAAGAGUCAAAGUAUUUGUGUCCUGAAAUUUUCCUUAAUGCUGUUUCAAAUAAACUAAUAAACACAGCUGUAUUAUUUAUUAACAUCGAACUUCUUUCCGAGUUUUAUUACCAAUUUCCUAGAGAGUUAGAUCAACGACUUAUUCAUUCUCUUACUUCUGAUCAAUUGGCGUCAUUAGUGGACGAAAAUCCUCGUGUAAAGUCUCAAAUCCAGCUUCAGCGUAAAAAGCAAGCUUUGGAAUUGGCCUUAUUGAAAAUUAAUUCUCUCGCGAUGCUAGAACGACAAACGGAUACUGAUUAAUUACUGAUUGAAGUAUGUAACGGAAGUUGGAUUAUUUACGUCUCAUUUAUGAUAUUCUCUAUAUACGACAGCUUGUUAUGCAUUUGUAUUUUUUUAUUUAUAGAAUAUAUAAUGGACACAUGAUCCAGAAGUAUGUAAGUUGUAAAUGGAGUAAGAACAAAUCUCAAUCUGAGUGAUAUCGUAAACGUCGUUUAUUGACAUGAAUACUCAAUUUUUAUGAUUGAUAUCUUUUUAUAUUUUUUAAAGCAAUA